ACACCAAUACAGCGAGUUGAUUUUAUUAAUCUAGAUAAAAUUUAUAUUAUUUUAAUUAAAAGCUGUAGAUGAUGUAUUGAAAUUAACAAUAAACUUUUGAUUCUUGCUCUUUUUUAAUCGUAUUUAUCUAUUUAAUAAUAAUUAUGUACUCAAUCAGCGAAUUUUUGCCAGCAGAUUGUAAGGUUAACAAUUCAAAGUUUAUUGUUUUAUUACAAGAAAAGUGGGAUGAAAUACAUGGAAAAAUUAAUGUGUUUCGAUAUAAAAUCGACAAUUUACGGGAGAAAGCUGUGGAUCGUUAUUUAAUACAAUUGAACCCUGACAGGUGUAGUAACAGAAGAACACCUGAACAUAUAGAAGCCAUUUGUCAACCAUUUAACAAAGAUAAAUUCAAUUUCACAAAAGUAUCACAAGAAGAAAUAAUUAUGAGCAUAAGAGACAUUGAUGAUAGUAUUUCUACUAUAUUGGUAAAUGUCAGUCCUAUAUCACAGUACCAUAGUCUACUAUGUCCAUCAGUUAAUAACUGUUUGCCUCAAGUUGUUACUGAGGAGAGUUUAAAUUUGGCUAUGAAAUUAAUGCAAAUUGUCAAUUCCCGGGUGUUUCGAAUUGGAUUCAACAGUUUAUGCGCGUUAGCAUCUGUCAAUCAUUUACAUUACCACUUAUUCAUAGAAAAGCAUGAAUUGCCUGUGGAAGAUGGGAAAUGUAUACAUAUAAACGGUCCUGUCUUCUGUCUAUAUGAAUACCCCGUCCCAGCCUUUUGUUUUCAACUACAACAAGAUGAUUGCACAUAUAAAGUAGCUAAUGAUGUGUAUAAACUACUACAGUAUUUUUUAAGUAAAGAAAUUGCACACAAUAUUUUUAUGACCAAAGGUAAAAAUUUUAAUGGGGGGACUGAAGAAGUGUUAAGGGUGAUUGUAUGGCCCAGAAGGAACAGUACAGGAGUUAAGCAGUUGGGAGCGUUUAAUGUAGCUGUAUGUGAAUUAAGUGGAUGGUUUCCUGUUUAUAAUGCCGACGACUUCGAGAAACUUCAACGAUCUGAUUUGGAGGCUGAAUUGAAGAAGUGGAAGGUGGAUGAUUUUGACGUAUUAUGUAAUGUAAUAAAAUCUUUAUUUAGUUACAUUGACUUUUACUCUUUUUAA